GUUCCUCCCCCUCACUUCCUGUCUGCUACUCGUUUUCUUGGUGUGUAUCUAGUAUUGUUGCAAAGUCGGAGAAGGCCACAGGACCCAGAUUUUCAGGGAGCUGAGCUACAAUGGAAGCCCAGUGUGGUGCUAUGGGGUUCAUCCCAGAAAGUUCAAGGAGCAGUCAUGUGCAGAGUGAUGGAAAGGAGCUAGAGAGAGAGAAAGCACGGAUAAGACGGGAGUAUGAGGAACAGAUUAGAGAUCUGAGAGAUGAACUGGAGAGGGAAAAGAGAAGGGCACGAAUGGAGAGGGAAUUCAAUGAGAGGGAGAAUGACUUUACAGAGAGACAACAAAAUGCUAGGAGGGAAGUUGAGAGCACAGGUAUGAUACUUGAAUUAAUCAUAAAGGCAUGGGAGUUUGCUUCCUUUAUCUACAACCAUUUUAUGAAAGACUAGAUGUAGUCUAUAAGACUAGACCUUAUUUCUAUUUUCUGCAUUUCCCUGAUAACCCUGUCCUACAGAGCUCACACCUCAAUGCCCAAAUGCUGUAGUUCCUGUCUUCCAGGAUGAAGGAAUGAAGUCAAGUUUACCAUUUGCAGUUGUUCAAUUGACUUAUCAAGAAAUUAACCAAUCUUCAAUUUGUGAAACUCCAAAUACUGCCUGCUGCCUUGAAUUCUUCCUCAGUGAAAGCCACCCAGCAGGCCACAGAAAAUGACUGUAAGAUGGACCCACUUCUCCUCUGGAUUCUCAACANUAAUCUUCACCUNCAGCUUCUACACNUGAUACUCAGAUUUUGGACAACUGNCNUGUAUGUUUUAUUAGGAAGUUCCACUCUUUGCAUGAGGUAAUCUUUAGUCAGAGAUAGAUGGCAUUCAGUUCUCAAUGGAUGUCCAGUUUGUUUAAUUAUAUUUUCACGAAUNGCAUCAAGUUGUUCCCCAGCUGCCCUUUGAAGGCAAAGCAGAUCUCAGGAGUCAAGUAAUCCAGGAUGAACACAAGUUAACAACUCAGCAGGUGACACCACAAUGUUUGCUGUGUUCAGGUGUGUCCCUAGAAGUCUCUCCAACCUUUUAACCAGUGUGAUCAGUAGUCAGCUCUCUCCUUGAGAAACGAUCUGGCUACUGAACCACCAUAUAUCCAAUCAUGCUGCUUCUGCCCCACCCAGCUAAUUUGCUUAUUGCUGUUAUAAUAAACUUUUCUGUUGCCUCUCA